ACGAAAGCUUCUGGUCGUCAUAAAAUGACUUAAUAUUUUCUACUUAUUUUCGCAGUUUUUAAGGCUUCUAAACUCCUUAAAACUCUGACCAUGAACUACAGGUAGCCUAAGGUCAUAUAUGAAACAAAAAAAUGGAUGAAGAGGUUCCUAUUUUAGGAGCUAAAGACCAGAAAGAUUUCGAUAAAUUCUUGAAGUUUUUGUCAUUUAAGGCUGUUCAAGUUAUUGUACAAUCAAGACUUGGAGACAAGGUUCACACGAGAUCGAAACCAAAUAACAGGGGUCAAGACUGGUUUAACUUGGCCAUCGAUGACAUGCCAGAGAUUACCAGUGAAACUAAGAAAUCUAUGGGAGGUAAUCUACCAUCUGUACAAACACCGAUGUGUAUAGAGAUCUCCCUGCAGACUAGCGAAGGAGAAUCCAUGGUGCUGGAGACCUGGUGUCUUGGAAUAAAUAACAAACAAGACCCUCAUGCCAAGAUAACCUUCACUGUGUAUAACCGCAUGGGGAUGCUACUCAAGUCCCUGAUAUCUGUUGCUCGGGUAACACCAUCAUAUAGACUGGCCAGGAAGCAAAUGAGUGGAGACUACGUCAUCUGCUACAGGAUUUACUUUGGAGAUGUUAGAGUAAAAGAACUUGGAGAAGGGUUUCAGACAGUAAAUGUUGGUUCUGUUGGUACCCCAGUGGGAUCUGUCACCCUGUCCGCAGCAUAUAGGACAAGUCUUUCUAUGACUGGAAGCCAGCCAGCCAUGCCAGUCAAAAGCGACCACUACAGCUCCAACUCAUGUCAGCGACAAGCAUCAUGGGAUAGCCCAGUACCCUGUUCAUCAGCAGCGCAGGCUCAAUUCCACAAAGGAGCAGGCGUCAAACACGUAGCUGAUGAGAUAGCCAGCGCUUCAGAGACAGAAGUGACUACAUGUGGACGUACCCCAACACACUUCAAAGUGUCCAAUCGUCUUUCACCGACAUUGUGGAGAAAUGCCAGCAACCAAAGGCCUAACAGCAUCCCACAAUCGAUUGAUGUUGCUAUGGAUCAUCAUGCGAAAGGAGCCUUCGCUACGUCUCCUGUUUCAAACGAGAUUCAGCCAUUACCAGCUUUAUCCUCUACACCCCCUUUUGCCUCGUUGCUGUCCGACAGGAAGAGCCUGGGCUCCAGGUCAGACACAACUGAUGGUAUUAGUAGAGUAACGCAAAGAAGAAAUUCUACUUCUUCAAACAGAAAGGACAGUUCGUCAGAGUCAGUCGACACUCGUCCACCAGCUAGCAAUACUACACCAAGCUUAUGGGGAGGCGAAGACGAUUUCGUACUGGUCGAACUUAGACCAGCCUUCGCGUCCAGUGCAGACGGUGACCUGGGAAUGUUCUAUCGCGAAUGUCAAACAGCACCACCACUCACUUUGUUCCAAGAAAAUAAAGACCAAACCCUUGAUACUAUAAUGGUUGAUCUUGAUCAGCAGCUAAGCAGCUAUCACGAGUGCCUACCGAUGUUUGACGAACUUGUUGCGAAUUUACAACAUUCACAAACAUCGUGACCUCAGCACAUUUGCACUGUGUUGCGUGACACGAAAAUGCUGAUUGCGUGACCAAAUCAAAUCAAAUUGAAUCAUUCAUUGUAAAUAGAAAAAA